GCUGCUGCGCUCUCCGCCCGCGGCCGCAGCUCGGGUUCCCGCGGCGCAGCAUCUGGGGCGGCCCUGCGGGAAGGGUGUUUGUAGAGAAAUGCCGCUCGCUAGGAUGCUGCGGCAGGUCGCCGGCCAGAUGCUGGGGAGCCCAGCCUGUGGCUGUUGGAUGCCUGCCCCGCCGCUGCGGUUUCUGGGCACCUCCCCUCGGCAGAUUCCAGCAGAUGCCAGCUUCCACUCUGCCUCAUUCUCUGGAACAGACCAGCCACGCGUCUUAAUUACAGGGGGUCUUGGCCAGCUUGGAGUGGGGCUUGCUAACUUUCUGAGGAAACGAUUUGGGAAGGACAGUGUGAUUUUGUCUGACAUAAGGAAACCCCCCGACCACAUCUUCCACAGUGGCCCAUUUAUUUAUUCCGACAUUCUGGAUUACAAGAAUCUUCGGGAGAUCGUGGUAAACAACCGCAUCACCUGGUUGUUUCAUUAUAGCGCUUUGCUCAGUGCCGUUGGGGAAGCAAACGUAUCCUUGGCCAGAGCCGUAAAUAUCACCGGAUUGCAUAACGUCCUGGACGUCGCAGCAGAGCACAAUCUGCGGUUGUUUGUGCCUAGCACGAUCGGAGCUUUCGGACCUACUUCUCCCCGGAAUCCAACUCCUGAUCUCUGUGUUCAGAGGCCCAGGACUAUCUAUGGGGUGUCCAAAGUCCACGCGGAGCUCAUGGGAGAAUAUUAUCAUUACCGGUAUGGGUUAGAUUUCCGAUGCCUGAGAUAUCCUGGAAUCAUUUCAGCUGAUUCCCAGCCUGGAGGAGGAACAACUGACUAUGCAGUCCAGAUCUUCCAUGAUGCCAUAAAGAGUGGCAAAUUUGAGUGCAACCUGAAACCCAGCACGAGGCUCCCAAUGAUGUAUAUUGAUGACUGUCUCAGAGCCACCCUGGAGGUCAUGGAGGCCCCAGCAGAGUCCCUCUCCAUGAGGACCUACAAUGUCAAUGCCAUGAGCUUCACCCCAGAGGACCUGACCCAGGAGGUUCUUAAGCACAUACCAGAAUUCCAGAUUACAUACAACGUGGAUUCUGUUCGCCAGGCCAUAGCGGAUAGUUGGCCGAUGAACUUUGACGACAGCAAUGCUCGGAAGGACUGGGGGUGGAAACACGAUUUUGAUCUUCCAGAGCUGGUGACAACGAUGUUGAACUUCUAUGGUUCUGAUACCAGAAUUGCGCAAGCUAACUGAGGGAAUCAGAAGGGAGAGUUCAUGUACCUGAACUCCUGGUCAACUGUCAAGGGAAAACCAUAACUACCCCAAGGAACCUAGAUUAUGUGGAGUGGGAAAGACUCAUUGGAUGAAAGUUUGGCAGCUUACAUUGAACUGCCAGAUUGGAGAGUCAAGUUGGCUUUUGCGUUUUCAGGAUGCUGUAGGUUUGGUGGUGGGACUUCUAAACCUUUGAUGUUUGCCUAAACUUGCCCAAACACACGUCACAGAAUGAAGAUUUUGGUCAGAAUAGUUUCCAUUUCCUUAAUUCAGAUGAAUUGACCAUUUUGGGGAAGGUAGACAUAUGUGAUGUUUGUCUUUAAUUAAAUUUAAUUUAAAUAUCCCUCCUAAGACUCCAUUAUUCUCUUGACUAGAGCCCAAAGAUUACAUUUUAAAGACUGUCAAAGAUGAUCUCCUAAUUUUAAGAGUGUACUGUCCCAUCAGGACAUAAAAAAUGUUUGCUGUAUAA